ACAUGGUUUCAUUUAGUUUUUCAAAAUGGCAUCCCACGUCAUAUGACAACGGCCCGUCCAUUCUCUCAUUCGUUUUUCUCCUCCCUGUAAUUUUCUUACUUACAAGAAACUGAGCAAAGCCAGGAAGCCAUAUCCCUUCCAUAGUUCCAUCCAUGAAACCAAGCCAGAGCCAUGGGCUCCACCAUACCCAGACUCACACAAAGAUCCUAUUGACCUCACUCUCGGCCAUGGUGGCGGAAACCGCGACCUUCCCGAUAGACCUUGCAAAGACUCGACUUCAGCUCCACAGUGAGUCUCUUUCCUCCACUUGCCCCACCAACGCUUUUCGAGUCGCCGCGGAAAUCCUUCGCCAACAAGGUCCUCUCGGUCUCUAUCAAGGCCUUUCUCCUGCUAUCCUCAGACACCUCUUCUACACCCCUCUUCGAAUUGUGGGUUAUGAAAAUUUGAGGAAUUUUGCUGUCAAUGAUAGUGGAAAUGGUUCCAUUUCUCUGCCUAGUAAAGCGCUCCUUGGCGGAGUCUCAGGUGUCAUCGCCCAGGUGGUGGCUAGCCCCGCUGACCUUGUCAAGGUGCGGAUGCAAGCAGAUAGUCGUAUGGUAAGCCAAGGUCAGCAAUCUCGAUAUGUGGGGCCUUUUGAUGCAUUCCGCAAGAUAGUGCAUGCAGAAGGCUUUGGUGGACUUUGGAAAGGGGUUUUCCCAAACAUCCAAAGGGCAUUUUUAGUGAACAUGGGAGAGUUAGCAUGUUAUGAUCACGCUAAAAGGUUUGUCGUCCAGAACCACAUAGCUGCUGAUAAUGCAUAUUCCCACACCUUAGCCUCCAUUAUGUCAGGGCUUUCUGCAACUGCUUUGAGUUGUCCAGCUGAUGUAGUGAAGACAAGAAUGAUGAAUCAGGUAGCGGCCAAGGAAAGCGAGGUUAUGUACAAGAGCUCUUUUGAUUGUCUGGUGAAGACAGUUAAAAUUGAGGGUUUAAGAGCACUGUGGAAAGGAUUUUUUCCAACAUGGGCAAGACUUGGUCCUUGGCAAUUUGUCUUUUGGGUUUCUUAUGAGAAGUUCAGACAAUAUGCAGGUCUCUCUUCCUUCUGAAAAAUGAUUUGUGGAUUGAGUGUCCCAGCUCCAUUUGGCCAAGUAUUUAGUUUUUGGUUCUAAAGAAUAAAAUGGUUACAUUACUUUGCUUCCUUGAAUGCCAUAAAAUAUCUCAGUGAUGUUGAUUAUUAAUUGU